AGGUGAAUCUGAUUCUGUGAGUCCAUCAGGCCAAAUUCACCAGCAGAAGUGACAGGAGCAGCAUUUCCCACUUGAUGUCUUGACAAGGCUGUUCCACAAGAUGAUAAAAGGAGGAAAAGGGCUUCUGUGGGCAAAGGAGUUUGGGCAAUGCCACAUAUUUCAUACCUCUUUUGGUGAAUUUAUUAGUGAGCUUCUUAGCACGGUUGAGCUAAAGAACCCUAUUUAACUUUACUAAACCCAACGUUUGCCAACUUUUCUUGACACAGAAUCCUCUUCUCUCACUUCUCCUAUUGCCAACCUAUGGGACAGGGUUCCAGGGAACACUGUUUGGGAAACACUGGAAUACCAGGCUACUCUAGGCAGCCAACUGCAUGAGGAGAAUUCAUUGCUGUCUGCUUUAGCUUUCAGCUGGAUUGCACUGGCAUGCUUCGGAUGAGUGGCACUAAGCAGGACUCUGCCUGGCUAAUUACAGAGUGUUAGAGCAGAUGGGGGCUUGGGAACAAGGUUCCAGCCUCCUUUCCAGUCCCAUCUCUGAGCCAAGAAAAGAACAAAGAGCAGGUUCCCCUGGGGAAGGGGCUGUCUGAGAAGAGGCAGCAGUGCUCAGAAAGGAGAGAACCAUCUCAAGGCUCAGCCCCUUGAGGAGGAGGGCCAGGGUUGAAAUAGAGGGAGCAGGCAGAAUGUCCCAACUCCGUAAGUCUUCACUCUGCAGAACCCCAAGACCACAGCCUCAGGCCCUGGGAGGAAUGAGUGGCUCCCUGGACCUGCCCUCAUCCACUUUUAUUGUAGCAGCUGACGCGUGGGUCCACCAUGAACUGGAGUAUCUUUGAGGGACUCCUGAGUGGGGUCAACAAGUACUCCACAGCCUUUGGGCGCAUCUGGCUGUCUCUGGUCUUCAUCUUCCGUGUGCUGGUGUACCUGGUGACGGCCGAGCGUGUGUGGAGUGACGACCACAAGGACUUCGACUGCAACACUCUCCAGCCUGGCUGCUCCAACGUCUGCUUCGAUGAGUUCUUCCCCGUGUCCCAUGUGCGCCUCUGGGCCCUGCAGCUUAUCCUGGUCACGUGCCCCUCCCUGCUCGUGGUCAUGCACGUGGCCUACCGGGAGAUUCAGGAGAAGAGGCACCGAGAAGCCCAUGGGGAGAACAGUGGGCGCCUCUACCUGAACCCCGGCAAGAAGCGGGGUGGGCUCUGGUGGACAUAUGUCUGCAGCCUAGUGUUCAAGGCCAGCGUGGACAUCGCCUUUCUCUAUGUGUUCCACUCACUCUACCCUAAAUAUAUCCUCCCUCCUGUGGUCAAGUGCCACGCAGAUCCAUGUCCCCAUAUAGUGGACUGCUUCAUCUCCAAACCGUCAGAGAAGAACAUUUUCACCCUCUUCAUGGUGGCCACAGCUGCCAUCUGCAUCCUGCUCAACCUCGUGGAGCUCAUCUACCUGGUGAGCAAGAGGUGCCACGAGUGCCUGGCAGCAAGGAAAGCCCGAGCCAUGUACACAGGUCAUCACCCACAUGGCACCACCUCUUCCUGCAAACAAGACGACCUCCUUUCGGGUGACCUCAUCUUUCUGGGCUCAGACAGUCAUCCUCCUCUCUUACCAGACCGCCCCCGAGACCAUGUGAAGAAAACCAUCUUGUGAGGGGCUGCCUGGACUGGGCUGGCGGGUUGGGCCUGGAUGGGGAGGCUCUAAGCCUCUCUCGUAGGUGCAACCUGAGAGUGGGGGAGCUAAGCUGUGAGGUAGGGGCAGGCAAGAGAGAGGAUUCAGACGCUCUGGGAGCCAAUUCCCAGUCCUCCACUCCAGCCACCUGCCCCAGCUGGACGGCAUUGGGCCAGUUCCCCCUCUGCUCUGCAGCUCGGUUUCCUUUUCUAGAAUGGAAAUAGUGAGGGCCACCGCCCAGGGUUGGAGGGAGGCGGGCGUUCAUAGAAGAACACACAUGCGGGCACCUUCAUGGUGUCUGGCCCACUGUCAGGGCUUAAUAAAAGUCAAUUCGUUUGCUGG